CGCGAUCCAGACACCUCCCCCCACUGACCCAAAUGCUGCCCCCGCGCACAGACCCGCCCCCCGCCCAGCACUCGGACGAUGCCGUCCGCCUCACCGACGACGACGCCGCCUCCGCCCGCCUCUCGGCAGCACAGCUCGGCUACCUCCAAGACCCCUUUGCGUCGCUGCUCUACAGGCCGCCGAUGCCCCAGCCGGGCGCAUUCGCUCCCCAGGCCGUGGGCAGGGCCCGCAAGCCGCCCCUGAUCAAUGUCGGCACACACCACCGCACAUGGGGCAUCGACCGCCUCGUCGACCGCUUCCUGCAGCGCGGCGGGAAGCAGGUCGUCAGUCUCGGUGCCGGGAGCGACACGCGGUUCUGGAGACUCAUGUCUCGCGCGACGCCGCCGGAUCUAGCGAGAUACGUAGAGAUUGAUUUCCCGCACCUCACGUCGCCCAAAGCACAACGUAUCGCCCGGCACCGCAAACUGUACCAGUACCUCGGCCCCUCUUCAACUGCCAUGCCGCCGCCCGGACACCCGUACACGGUCUCCAAAGGCGGCACACAACUCUCUUCCCCCCUCUAUACCCUCCUCCCGCUCGACCUCCGCCCCUCGCCCUCCGAACCAGCCUCUUCCAUAUCCGCCAUCCUCUCGCACCAUGUCCUCCCCCAACUCGAUCCCCGUCUCCCCACCCUUUUCCUCGCAGAGUGUCUUUUCCCAUACAUGUCCCCCGAGGACUCGCGGGAGAUUAUAAAGUGGUUUGGGGAGACGUUUUGUAGUUGUAUGGGUGUCGUUUAUGAAAUGGUCGGCCUCGAUGAUAGUUUUGGAAACGUCAUGAAGAGAAAUCUAGCCGUGCGCAACCUGUCCAUCCCGGGGUCCAUAUUCUCAACGCCGGAAUCGCAAGCUGGCAGGUUCACUUCGCCCAUGCUGCAGGGCGGCAAGUUUGAUAGCGCAGGUGCGAAAACCCUAUGGCAGAUUAGAGAGGAAGACGUCGGUCCCGAGGAACUCCAGCGGAUAUCAAAGCUGGAGAUUCUCGAUGAGAUUGAAGAGCUGCGGUUGGUCCUUGAACAUUACGUGAUCGCCUGGGGCACAAAGGGCGAAUGUAUGAGUUCCAUAUCUCUGUAAAUGUAGUAAUCUGCGGCAUCAUGUUACAAGGCUGGCACAUGCAAAAGACACGGAAAAGAAACCCGCAAACAAAAGGUACAUUGA